AUGGAGAACAUGGAAGAAGAUCCACCCGUUGACAGAAGGAAGCGGAAGAAGAUCAAGAAGAAGAAGAAGAAUGAAAUCCCUACAACUAUUCAGCGGUUUGAAUUUGCUGAGAUGAAUAUUAAGCAUCUUGAUUCUGGAAACACUCUGGAGUUGGUAAAGCGGGCGAUUCGUCUGGGAUAUGACACAGUGGUCAUUAACGUAGAUGUGGGGGAUCUAAGGAGUAAUGGGGAUUCGGAUGAGGUAAGGAAAAGGAGCUUUAACAAUUAUUAUAUGUAAUUUAGCCUCCAAAGAAGAAAAAGAAGAAAGGAAAUUCAGAUGUGGAGCAGAAAUUUGAUAAAAUCCCGGAUCCCUUUGUAAUAGACGAGUCUAAACUUGACCUCAGCCAACUGGAAGUUAAUGGAAAGAAGUUCCGACAGUUUAGGUAUGCUUUUCACUUUUACUGUUGCGAUUUUAGGUAUUCUCACAAUUGUCGUUAUAUUUAUUUUAGCCGGUUAACCGUCACUUUGACUGAUACGACGAGUAUUCAUAAACUUCAGCAUCAUCCAAAAAGGCCGUUGUACGACAUUAUUGCUGUGCGAUGUUUGGAUGAGGGAAUGCUGACGACAAUGUCGCGGAAAGGAGAGCUUAUUGAUAUUAUCUCGCUGGAUACUGCAGAACAAGAUGGACGAUUUCAAUGGGUUCAUAAGCAGAAACUGAUACAGGCAUGUAUCUCGGAGGGAUUGGCGUUUGAAAUCAGUUAUACACAUGCGCUGAAUGAAAGUAAAUUAAGAAGACAGGUAAGAGGUGGGCUCUGUAGUGGUUGUGCUGAAGUUUUAGUUGUUUCUUCAUACAAACUACAUUAAUUUAAGAACAUAUAACUUACUGUUGAUUUUUUCAGACCCUUUGCAAUGCGAAACACCUAUAUAGGAUAUCUCGAAAAGGGAAAGGGAUAAUUUUGAGCAGUGGUGCUGAGUCAAUCUUUGCCAUGAGAGGUCCAUUUGACACUGCCAAUCUUGGGAUCCUUUUUGGAGCAAAACCAAAUGAGGGGAAACGAUUUAUCUCCGGUAAGGACUGUUUGUGUAUUAUUCAUUGGUGUUUAGAUAAUUGCAUGGAUGUUUUACUCCGCUCUCAGUCUCGCCGAACAGUGAAAGGCGCUUUUCAUGCUGCCGAACUUACUAAUGUCCCUGUACCUCCAAAUGAAACCAAGGAAUCUCACUUAAAUCGGCUUGAGGAAGUGCCAGAAUUCAAGGAACAAAUGGCUGAUGUAAAGUCAGAGACGUGA